AUGAACAAUAAAACAUUUCUGUCUACCAAAUUAUUUGCAGAUGUGGAUGCUCUGAAGUGUGACGUCUGUACUGAAACUGGUGACAAUGCUUGUUCAAAGAGUAAAUUGGCAGGCGAUCAGGCUACAUACUCGAGGGACUGUGGUGAUUUCUUGGAUCGCUGUUUUAGGCAAGAGGCCAAGGUACUUGGCCUCAAGACAGUGAGUACAUUCUGUGCCACUGAAAUCUCAGGGGCACCCAACGAGGAUAUAGUUCAAAACCACUUAACAUAGCAUUGUUGAACGUAUUUUAGUAUUCAAACGUUAGAUAUAGGCAUAUUUUUAUCCCCUAAAAACUUUUCAUCUGUUCGGAUUUCUUAGCUGAUAUUCUAGUGAUCCGAAAAUUAUAGGGAUAAAAACUUACCUUCUCGAAAAUUUCAGCCAGGAAAAGGCUCCCGAAAAUUCUAGGUGGCCUUUUUUAGGGUCAAAAUCCGUUAAAAAUGAGUAAUUAUACCAUUUUGUAGAUGUUCGAAAAACCUAGGAGAGGCAGGCAAGCAAGACAUUUUACAACAAAUGCUCCGAAAAUUCUAGAUCUCAAAUCGUCUUCCGAACAGAUAUUUUCCCGAAAAUUGCCGUUGGGUGCCCCUGAAAUCUCCUGCAAAAGCUUGCAAAACACUUGCAACAAAUUUGACGCCUGCAAAGACGUCACCUGCUGUGACAAUGACAACUGUAACGGAGGCUCAGCGGUUUACUUCAGCAUGUUCUUGAUGACCGUUUGCUGUGUUGUUGGCCUGGUGCUUAAGUAA